GAGCAAGAAGAUUAUUUGCUUCAGCUUGAAAGUAAAGGAGAAUCUCCGAAGGGCACAGCCUUGUUUAGACCGAAUGCUGAGGAGCUGUCUCUUCUUUCUUUGUUGCUGAGUAGAGCUGCAGAGACACUCGAAAAAGAUUACUUUAAAGGGGAGACAGUCUCUAGAGACUUUUCUUUGUUAGAUGUCUCUUACGUUGGUGAUGGAGGCGUUUCUCUUGUCUCUCUUCCGACAAACUCGCUGCAGCAAAACUGGGCUCGUUAUCGCUGUCAGCAGCAGCAGCAGCAGCAGCAGCAGGAACAGGGGCAGCAGCAGGAGCAGCAGGAGCAGGGAGUUGUGGGCAUAAAGGAGGUAAAGAGACUGAAGAGACAGGCAAAGAAAGAAGCAAAAAUAAAGCACCGACUGCAGCUAGAGCAACAGCAGCAGCAGCAGCAGGAUGAGCAGCAGCAGGAUGAGCAGCAGCAGCAGAAGCAGCAGCAGAAGCAGCAGCAGCAGGAAUGGGCGACGUAUUCAAUUACAGCACAUCAAGGAAGCUCUACUGAUGCACUGCGCGUUGAGAUCAGCAUACCCUCUGUGGCCCAUCCGUCGGCUUUGUCUGUAGAGUGGAAGUCGCCUAAGAAACUUUACCUUUGCAUGAAGAACAACCCGGAGCAAAACAUUGUGAUUGAGUUGCCUCUGGAAGUCGAUAGGUCUGCUGCAGCAGCAAAGUUCAUUACAGCCAAAAGACAGCUGAAUAUUGAGGCCCCUGUUGUUGCUGCUGCUGCAGACAGUAGCAGCAACAGCAGCAGCAACAGCAGCAGCAGCAGCACUUCGAAGUUGCCGCAUGCCUUUGCUGCUUCAGCAGCAGCGGAUGGAGGCAGUCUAGAGGAGGCAACUGAAGCAGCAGCAGCUGAAGUAGAAGCAAAAGAUACUGCUGAAGCAGCAGACAUAGCAGCAGCAACAGGAACAGCGACAGCAGCAGCAGCAGAAGCAGUAGACGCAGCAGCAAAUGAUGCAUCACUUAGCCUACCCUCCAAAGCAGCACCACCAGCCUCAGCGGCGGCUGCUGCAGAUGCAACAGCAGCAGCUGCGGCAGCAGAAACAACAGCUGCAGCUGCAACAGCAGCCACCCCAGCAGCAGCUGCAGCAGCAGAUAUCGCAUGCAGUGCUGCAGCACACACAGCAAUUGCUUCUGCAGCAAACACAACAAUUCCUGCUGCAGCAAACACAACAAUUCCUGCUGCAGCAAACGCAGCAUUUGCUGCUGCAGCAGUAGACGCACAAACUGCUGCAGCAAAUGCAGCAACUGCUGCAGCAGCAGAGACGACAUCUGCAGCAGAAACGGUAGCUGCUGCUGCUGCAGAGACAAAAACUGCUGCAGCAGCAGAGACAACAGCUGCUGCUGUAGGCGACACAGCAAGUGAUGCGACAGCAGAUGCAGCAGCAACUUCAGCAGCAACUGCUGUAGCAGCAGAUGCAGCAGCAACUUCAGCAGCAACUGCUGUAGCAGCAGAUGCAGCAGCAACUGCAGCAGCAACUGCUGCAGCAGCAGAUGCAGCAGCAACUGCAGCAGCAACUGCUGCAGCAGCAGAUGCAGCAGCAGAUGAAGCAGCAACUGCAGCAAUAGAUGCGGCAGCAGAUGAAGCAGCAACUGCAGCAACACAUGUAGCAGCAGAUGCAGCAGCAGAUGCAGCAGAAAGUCCAUCAGCAACUGCUGCAGCAGCAGAUGCAGCAGCAACUCCAGCAGUAAGUGCCGCGGCAGCAGAUGAGGCAGCAACAGAUGCAGCAGCAGAUGAAACAGCAGACGAAGCAGCAACUGCAGCAACAGAUGCAGCAGCAGAUACAGCAUCAACUCCAGCAGCAACUGCUGCAUCAGCCGAUGCAGCAACAACUCCAGCACCGACAGCAGCAGCAGAGAAGAUCGCAAUGCCCCAGCAGUUGCAGCUGUUGCAGUGCCGUGAGGGGCAGCAGAAUCUACUUGUGAAGAUCAUCUCUGAAGGACCGAGUGAAUGCACCCUUUCUGCAGCAGCAGCAAAUGAGCAUGACGGCGAAGCAACAGCAACUGCUGCUGCUCCUGCUGCAGUAGCAACGUCGAGUGGAUGCGAAAGUGCUUCUGCUGCUGCUGCAACGACACAGCAGCAGCAGCAGCAGCAGCAAGAACAGCAGCAGCAGCAAAUUUUCGAGUGGUGUUGGGCGGGAGUGCCUCAUGGAGAGCUUGACUUGAGGCAGCAUAGGCUGAGCCCCGCUGCUGCUGCUGCUACUGGCUCUGCUGCAGCUGCUGCUGAGCCUGCUGCUGCUGCUGCUGACACUGGCGUUGCAGCAUUGCGGUUUUCUGCACCUUCUGCAGCAGCAGACCUGCCAGACGCGGACCCAGCAGCAGGAGCGGCAGCAGCAGCAGCAGCAACAGGAACGAAGAAAGUUGAAGCUCCAGCAACACCGGCAGAGACCUCCAUGACAGCAGCAGCAGCAGCAGCAGCAGCAGCAGUUUGGCGGCUGGUUAUUCGUAAGAAGCAGCCGAAGGUGUGGGGCGUUGAGCCCAUUGCUGCCUGCAGCUUGGAGCAACUGCAGCGGCAGCAGCAACAGCAGCAGGAAGAGGAACAGCAGAAGCAGCAGGAACAACUGCAGCAGCAGCAACAGCAGCAGCUGGAGGAUGAGGAGGCUGCUGCAGAGGUUGGGGAACUGGUGAAUGCAGCAGAAACAGCAACAGAAAAAACGACUCAAGAGGAAGCAACAGCAGCAGCAACAGCAGCUGCAGCAGCUGCAGCAGCAGCAGCAGAAGUAAUUCAGUUCCCUUUAGGCCCGUUCCUGGUGCUUGAGAAUUCUCUGUGGCGGCAGGUUGUCUAG